AGAAACAACAAAAAAUCAAAAUGGUGGCGACCGUAAACAAAUGUUGGAUCCAAAUGUUCUGGAAAACAAACAGAAGUUUAGUCAUUUAGAAAAAUGGAUCCGAGCAUUAUUGUGGGCUUAUCAAUUGGACUUGCGGUUCUUGUUCUUAUAAUAUUGGUUUUCAGUUGCAAGUUUGCGAAGAAAAAUGAAAAGGACAAACAUGAUAUCGCUAAAGAGAAGUUGCUGGGCUCAACAUAUGUUCAUCAGCAAAGAAAUGAUUCAACGUCAUCAGAAAAAAAUCACAAACAGAAACCGGCAAAAGGAAAGAGCGUGGGUUUCUAUGAAAAAAGAAUGUCUGAUGAGGAAAAUCAUUACGAUCGGUCAAAGCAAAGUUACGAACCGAGACAAAGGCUUUUCACUGAGUAUAUAGGGAGCAAAAACAUGAAAGGGUAUAUAACCUGUAAUGAGAUGAAGAGACAGAGAACUUGCAGUGAGUAUAUAGAUGGUGUAUGUAAGGAAGAUGAAGAGCUGAAUAAUCGUAUGUGCAACAACAUGAAAAAAUACAUAAACCUAGAACGAAAACAUGUUAAAAACAAAAGCCAAAUCGUAGACAGGAGGCAGACCAGUUUGAAAAACGGAAUAAAGAGUAAAGUUUCAGAAAAAAUGAAUGGAAAACUAGCAGAAAAACACAGACGAAAAUAUAAAGACAAGGCAGAAACAAAAGAAGGAGGGUAUUUGGUGACGAGACCCUCUGUCAAACAAAUGCUGGAAGAAGUGAAGUGGAGUUCAACACUUAGUAAAAACAAUGGCACAUGUAUCACGAUAAAUGCAAGGACCCCUGAUAACACAUGCUCCGAUGGCAGACAUAAAUCAAGCGAAGAAAGCAACCGGGGAUUGUCGCCAACUAGGGAGAUUGUGCAACCUGUUAACGCACAAGUGCGUGCUGAAAAACCCGCCCAUCAAGCAAUUUAUACAGAAAAUGAAUCCCAUACAUUAAGACAAGAGAUGGAUUAUUCAAGCCCCGAAUAUGAAGUCCAUGUUCUUCGAUCAAGGGAGAUUAUCUUUGGAGAUGAAAGACCUGAAGUUUCUGCCAAACCAACAGUGAGAAAGUGUGCGGAUACAUCACGUUUUGUUCAAACAUCGUCUGAUAUGGAAUCAAAUUUACCUCCCAUUCGAAAUGAAAGCUUCACUGAAGCGCUCUCAACAUGGCGCUCUCACAGCGAGAGCGCUAAAAAGGCACCUCGACCCAAGUCUUCAAUUAUAUACGCGAAAAAUCGAUUAAAACCUAGCUCAUCGUUAAGUAAUCAACGUAAAAUUGACGUAAGUUCAAACAAUGAUUCACUGACAUAUCCACAUGAGCAGCUGCAGUCACUGACAUCACCUCAGGAGCAGUUUGGAGCUUCGGGAUAUCGAAAUAAAAAUUAUUUAUUACCAUCAGCAAAUAUUAAACUUGUCACAAAAGACUCUCUUAAAGCAAAUCUUAAUGUAAUAGGAUCGACGUCAUCAUCUAGUAAACAAGUAUCACCAACAACAAAUACAGAGUCACGUUUGUCAGAUCAAUCAUCUGUUAGCAAACAGUCACCGCCAAACACAAAUGUUCUGUCACCUAAACAACCAGUACAUCACAAACAGGAAUCGCCGACAACAAAUAAACAGCUAGUAUCACUACAGCAGCCAUAUCCAAAUGGACUGUUGCCUGUAACUAAAUUCCCAGAUCCUUCAGAAUCACAAAAAGUACCCGCAGGUGACCAGCCGUCACCAAACACGUAUCAGCAGUCGGUAGUAUCAAUGAAUAAACAACAAGUAAUGGUGACUACAAGUCGGAUGACAUUAUCACCCAGGAACCAAAUACUGUCUAUGAGAAAUAAAUCAAAACUAUCACCUGAAUUAUACAAACAAGAACAUAAUAACAAUUUUGAACAGCCAUCAUCAUCCAUAAAUGCCGAAAACAGCAGGGUACAAGUUUCGAUAAUAUCAAUGCCAGUAGACCACAGGAAGAAGCGACCAUCAGUAUCUAUACCUGUUUCCAGCAGGACUGAACAGCUAUUGGCAUCCGUACCUGCCGACUAUAGAAAGGAACAUCCAUCAAUAUCUAUACCUGUAGACGGUAGGACUAAACAGUUAUCAGCAUCCGUACCUGCCGACUACAGACAGGAACACCCAUCAAUAGCUAUACCUGCAGACGGUAGGACUGAACAGUUAUCAGCGUCCGUACCUGCCGACUAUAGAACGGAGCCUCCAUCAAUAUCUAUACCUGCAGACGGUAGGACUGAACAGUUAUCAGCGUCCGUAACUGUAGACUACAGGAAGGAACAUCCAUCAACAUUCAUACCAAAUGAACAUCCAUCAAUGAGUCUACCCCCAAAUUCUACAAUAUCAAUUCAAUCAACAAGAUAUGGCAACACCCCUACUUUACAAACAGCUUACAAGAAAACCCAGCCAAUUUUUGAAAGCAGACCAGUGACAUCACCAUUAAAUACAUCAUCCGCUGAAAAACCUAACAAAGAGUUUCUUGAUGUUGAAUUAUCUGACGUAGUCAUUUCAGAAAGAAAUGACUUUGAAGUUAAAGAAUCUUCUGACUUUCUCACAUCUGAAUCCAAUUUUAAUCCUGGUCAAACGUCAACACCUAAGCAAAGCCAAACAGACAUUUCUAAAAUCAUGACUGAAUCCCAUCUUAACCCCGGCCAAACAGACAUUCCUAAAAUCAUGACUGAAUCCCAUCUUAACCCCGGUCAAACAGACAUUCCUAAAAUCAUGACUGAAUCCCAUCUUAACCCCUGCCAAACAGACAUUCCUAAAAUCAUGACUGAAUCCCAUCUUAACCCCGGCCAAAAGUCAACGAAUGGAGAACGGAAGCCAAAAGUACAUCAGAUCACAUCAGAAACACAUUGUAACACUGACCAGAAUUUUGCUAACUGUAAGUACCAGAGAAGCAAUCGCACUGUGCUACAUUCUAUUUUGAAGAAACGACGAGCAGACGUUUCUCUCUCGGGGCAGGAUUUGCCGAGAUCUUACAGCGACGACACUGUCUCACCGGUGAGAAAGUGUCAAACUCUUGAUAGAACGUUAUUGCCACCUCGAGCAAAGCAACAAUCGGUAAAGCUUAUAGAUGAACAGGGGGAGGGUCAAAGAGUUAAUUUUCCAAAUACAUAA